CUGCGUGCAAGACCAAAAACCGAUCGAUAUGGCGUAUGGAAGGCAUUAGGAAUUGCCCUGCCCUUCAUCGGACUCGGCGGCUACAUCAGCAUGAAAGGUGCUGCACUUCUAGAAGAACAUGAUAUAUUUGUAAUUGAAGAGGAGGAUUAA